CAAAAUAAAAAAAAUUCAAAACAAAAUUUGCAAACAGCUUUGCCUUCGCCACAAACUACAACCAUCGUUCGCUAUGACGUCCGCCUUGGUGCUCCUGAUCACCACCGUGCUGCACUUCGGCCUGCGCGGCAGCUGCUUCCUGACCCUCGAUAACUUCCCGGUGGUGCCGGGCACCGUUUACGCCGGACACAUCGCCUACUGCGCCGUGCUGCACUUCCUGCACGACAUUGAGAUCCUGCCCAGCCGCUAUCGCAACCGCAUGGGGUGGCUGGCCGCCUUCCUGCUGGAACUGGUGCUGGGCGUGGCCGUGAUGGAGGUCCUGGCCUUGUGGCUGUGGUGCAGUGUGGAGCGCAUCGCCCACUUGACCAUUCUCCUCGUGCUGCGCCGGUACGGUGGCUUGUCCGCCCAGUUCAUACAGCAGUGGGAGGCGGUCAUCAUGGGCGGAGUCAUGACAUCGCUGGCGAUUGUGCUGUGGCUGAACGCCUACGUUGCCACGGAUCCUGUAGCUAAUGACCCACCAGCUGCAAACCCGACCCCGUCACCCAGGUCGACUGCGAUCGCCGCUGCCAGUAUCAAGACGAAGCCCAAGAGCCGUUCCCAUACCAAGGAGAAGCGCCGCUCUAAGGGGCAGGAGGAGUUUGAAACAAAGGAGCCCGAUGAUAAUGUACAGGAUCUCUGGAAUCCGGAGGAGCUUAAGGACCUGGAGGCUUCGCAGGAGGACGAGGAGGUACCGGAACUGGUGCCGAUGCAACCACUGGAGGACCAGAACCUCGACAAGGAUGGGGCGGUGAAGCUUCGCGGGACGGAGCUGCGAGUCUUCAAGGAUCCGGAGCUGCAGUCCGAGUUCGAACACGGCUCCACCACUGAGUGCUAGUCGAAGCACCAACCAUUCUGGCCGUCCAGCAACCAUCCUGACCCCCAGUUCCUGUACCCCCUGCAACAAACUCAACUAGCAAAUAGUUCCAGUACCAUCACCGGCAAAUGUAUUUAUUCCAGCCAGAUGGACUCCAAAAGGCUCUAAGGACCAUGGCAAAAGGAUGUUCGAAGAGGGCUAGCGAGAGGAGCGGGAAGAGGGCGAGUGGGGCUGGUGUGAGGGUGGAAAAUGAUGGACUGCAGUAAAAUGUCUAUGAAAAUUGA